AGUUAACGUUAUCCCCUGCCAUUAAUUGUUGUUAUUCUUUUUUUUGCUGUUUUUCUGUUUUCGAAUGAUUGAGAAGUCUUAUAAACUACUUAAUGGUAGAAAAGAAUUGGAGUUCUGAAGUGUGUAGAAAGUUGAAAAAUUUAAAGAACAGAAAACCUGAAAAUGUAGAGAAGCCUCAUCGUAAUGGGAGUUAUAAAAAUGGAAGAAGCAGUCUCAUCUUGUUAUGAACAACUGGAAUGUUCAAGACUUCUUAAUAAAACAAACAGAAACUAUAGAAGAAAUACGUGAUAAAAUAAGUGUUCUAUGAUGGCUAUGAAUGAGACAAUUUGUGCCAGUGAAUUUUUACUCUUAGUCUUUUGUAAGCUUGAGUGAUGGCAAACAUGAAAAUUUUUAAAGAGCAUUUGACCCACUGGGCUGUAAAAACUGAUUAUAAGCCUUGAAGAGAAGGCUUAGACUAUUUUAAUUUGUAAGUUUAACCCGUCGUCAAAAUUGAUCGAUACGGGCAAAGCAUUGCCACCAAUACCUCUUGGGAACAAGGUGGUACUGGUGACAUGCAAACCUAUCCAGUGUAUGCUAUGCAUAAGCCUCGUCCACCUCAAUUUCCACUACCCACAAUGGCUAUGUCUGGAGCGGAACAAUUUGGGCUUCUUCGUGUGCCCACAGCUUCCCCAACUACUGUGUCGGUUGACUUUCUCAUGCCGAACAGUAUCCUUAUAACUCACAGUGUCAGUACAACAGCAACACUAGCUGAAAUUAAGGAGGAACUGUGGGAACAUGCAAGCGAUUACCCUCUGUUUGGGACCCUGCAUGACCUUUCUCUCUAUCACUUUUCGUGUGUCAGCAGUCAGGCAGAGAAGAUUGAGUUGAUGGACGAGACUAAAUGCUUGCAAGAAAUCAAGCCUUUCUUAUAUAUUUUGAAACUGGUGGAAAGGAAAGGAAAUGAAACAGAGAAGCUCCUCAAUCUUCAAAUUGGAACAUUGAUUGGAAAAGAUCUCCAAAAAUUUGAUGACCUUAAAAAUCCAGAAGUGAAUGAGUUCCGAUGGAAUAUGAAAGUUGUUUGCGAUGAAGUGGUUUCUACGAGAAAUAAAAUGUCUUGGGCUGAACAGGUACAGUACCAGUAUCCAGCUCGUAUCGCCAGUAAUCCCGAUUUACCACAGUACAUGGCUGAUCGCCUUCAGGAUGGCCAACUUUUACUGUCAGUGCAAUUUGACACCUCGAUGCAGGUUCAGUCUACAUUUACAUUUCGUGUAAGGCCAGACAUCAAAACUAAAGAAUUUCUUGUGGAUUUCGUAUUGGCAAAAUUAGCUCUCACUUUUGUUAUGGAAGAAGGACAAGACAGUUAUGUAUUAAAGACACCAGGGAAAGAAGAGUAUUUUAUCACAAAUGUUCCAUUAUCACAGUAUAUUUAUGUUAGGGAAUAUGUGUGCCAAGAUGAAGUCUCCCCAAUUCCUCUAGUCAUUGUUCACCGGGGAACUAUACAAGUUGACAUAGAUAAUAUAUACGAGAGAAUAGAAGACUUUGGAGUUAAACAUCUUCGGAACUCAUUCUCCAACAUGACUUUGAAAAAAAAAAGUAUCAAUUUCAUAUCCUCUUGGACAAUUGAAGAGAACUUUAGUUUCCAGGUUGGAGCACUCUCAAAACUCAAUCUUGAGUCUGAUGACCAGACAGAGGCAUGAAGAAUGUAAAUUCAAGGACAGUAAGAUGGCACCAUUGUGGUUAGUAUUUGAGAAUGGAGAUGCUCAUGGGAAAAACAUAUAUAUGUUGUACAAGGAAGGGGAUGAUCUCCGCCAAGAUAUGCUCACUCUACAAAUGAUCAAAAUCAUGGAUAAGUUAUGGAAGGAAAAUGGGCUAGAUCUCAGAAUGAACCCAUACAGCUGUAUGUCCACUGACAAUAGAGAAGGAAUAAUUCAGGUUGUCCUUAAUGCAGAAACAAUUGCUAAUAUCCAGAGACAGAAAGGAAUGUUCAGUGCUACUUGUGCAUUCCGGAAAGGGUCACUUUUAGCAUGGCUGAAGGAUCACAAUACAACAGAAAGCAUGUUGAACAAAGCUGUUCAUGAAUUCACUUUGUCCUGUGCUGGAUACUGUGUUGCAACAUAUGUAUUAGGGAUUGCUGAUCGUCAUUCAGAUAAUAUAAUGAUUUUGAAAAAUGGCCAACUCUUCCAUAUUGAUUUUGGACAUAUUCUUGGCCACUUCAAAGAAAAAUUUGGUAUUAAGAGAGAGCGACAACCAUUUGUCUUAACACAUGACUUCAUUCAUGUUAUAACCAAAGGAAGACAAACUCGCUCAGAAGAGUUUAUAAAAUUCAAAGGGUUCUGUGAACAGGCUUUCCUUAUUUUGCGUCGUUAUGGAUCAUUCAUCAUAUCCCUUUUUGCUAUGAUGAUAUCUACUGGCCUACCUGAAUUAAAGAGUGAGAAGGAGUUAAAUUAUUUAAAAGAGACUUUGAAACUGGAUCUAACAGAGGAUGAAGCCUUGGAACACUUUCGUUCUAAGUUUGAUGAAGCCUUGUCCAAUGCUUGGAAGACAUCGAUUAAUUGGGCCAUUCACAGUAUGGCCAAGAAUAAUCGUUAAACUAGACAUAGCGUUAGUUUCCUAAAAGUUUUACCUGUUGAAUUUGCCAAAAAAUAGAUUGUAAAUGUUUAUAAUGUAUAGGUGGAAAGAUAUCGUUCUUACAGUAUGUUUAAAUACUGUAGUUUAUGACCUUACUUUUGUAUGUAUAAAGUUGUAUAGGAAUGAAAUCUUCUUAUUUGAUAAUUAAACUGUCAGUUAUAAUGCAUUUCAGAAUCCAACUUUGUCCCUAUAAAGUAACUGCACUUUAGUUACAUGCUUCAGUUUUUGAAGAGUAUGCUAGGUUACUGAAAUUUAAUGUAAAAACAAAACCAUUAACAACCAACAUGGUUAAAUAUCUGCAACUCAGGGACAGAUUUUUUAGACAGCUAAUUUUACAAAAUAUUUUGCCUAAAGUAUGUAUCAAGCCCUCUUAUUCUUAUAGGUUGAUGCUGACCAUUGCCUUGAUAAGAAUGAACAGUUGGUUGUCCUGUAGCAGUAUUACAGUACAUUCCUUUAUACUCUACGGGUUUUACUAAGAUGUUAAUUUUCCCAGAAAUUGGAUGUUUAGCAUGGUAUUUAGGGUUUAGAUAAUCAUUUGGCGCCACAGAAUUUUCAUUUUUCGGCACAGCAUAGAUCAAAAUGACUUCAUUGUUUAAUCUCACUUAUGUUAAGCAUAAUUUUCAAUCUUGAGAAUUUUUGUCGUACCAUCUCACAUCCAAGGAUUUUGAUAAUUAUGUUUACUAAUGUUGUUUUGAUUAAUAUGAAUUAUUUACUAAAUUAAUGUAAGGUAAGUGGCUAAUGCAAUGCAGAAAAAUUUCAUGAAUUUGCAAGUACUUUUACUUUUAUACAAACAGGAUUCACACAGAUCACACUAUGAUUGAAAGCUUUUAAGGAGGUGGGUUAAAACAAUGUCUGUAUAGGCAUGAAAGAGGUUAUUGCACAAGAUAAAAAAAAAAAAAUAAGGAAUGACACGUUCUGUUUUUAACAUACUGCUCUCUGGUUAUAGUAAUAGUACAAUUUAAGAUGACAGAACUUUUGAGUUUUCUUGUUGGGGGACAACGAACCAACUUAGUUAUGUGGUUGGGUUGUAGAUCUCUCAUUUUCACAGCAUUUCGUCUGGCUUCUUCCUUAUGUUGUCAACUUCAGAACCAUCAUCAAUUUUGGUUUAUUCAAUUGUUGAAGAAGAGCAUUUUUAAUAGAUUAUUGAUAUUUUAUUAAAGAUAGUCCCUUUAGAUCAACCUUAUAAGAGUUAGGCAUUGUAACUUGGUUGUCAAUAUGAUCAAUAUCAUAAUCUGCUGUAAGAUCUUUAAAGUUGAUACGUACUUAUGCCACCAUACUUUAUAUCCUCAUCAUACUGGUAUUUUUAUAAACUUAUUUUUAUACCAUUAUAUUUUUUACUCAUCAGUGAGAGCCAGUGUUAUGUUAACCAGUUCGCCUGUCUACAGAACUAUAGGUGGUUACUGUUCAGGGACUAGAUGGUGGCUACUAUAACUAGGAGUUGAAACGGGAUUAGUGCCAAAUUUGUCCUUCUGAUAAAAAAUAUUUUGUGAGCAAGGAAGCUAUUGAAUGACUAGAUCACAUAUAAUGUCCGUCAAAGUAACCAAUUUUUAAUUAAUAUACAAAUUCAAAUGGUUAUUUUGAAUUAUUCUUCAAUGUGCCAUACACAUUGAUCAGAGCUCCAUACUGAGAGCCUAUCACAUUUGGGAACAAAUAUUAUUACUUUACAUUCUUAAAGUUUCUUUAAAUCUCCCAUAUUUUUUUAUUGUUUUAAACUUUUCUUUGGUUGUACAUAAUCAAUUGAAGAUUGCCUCUCUCAGAUUAAAAUUAACAAAAGGAAUACCAUAUUUUUCUCUUAAAGAUCGCCCAAAUGUAAAUAAUAAACUUUGCUUAUUAGCAUUCUUCAUAAUUUGAAAACUUGAGAAUCUAAAUGAAAGCCUAAACUAUUCUUAGAUUUUAUAUUGUUUAUUAAAAAUAGUUAUUUGUGAUAAAAUAAUCUGGAAAAUAAUAGUGUUAACCUAACUGAAUUUUAUCAAUCAUUGGUGCAGAUACAAUGGAUGUGUGGGACAGGCAUUCAAGGCAAAAGAAAAAUAUAUUCUCCAGUAAGGCUGAAAGGAUAAUUAGAAAGGUCCUUGUGCCUUUAGGUUUAUGAUUUCCAUUGGAUAUCAGGGGGAUGAACCUUAAUUUAUGCUUUACAAUUUACAUAUGUUAAUACAAUUUGUGUAUGUUAAUGCAUACAGAACCAGAUUACUGUAAUGGCAGUACAGGCAGUCCCCGGGUUACGACGGGGGUUCCAUUCAUGAGACGCGUUGUAACCCGAAAAUCGUCGUAAGCUGGAACAUCACCAAAAAUCCUAAGAAAACCUUACUUUUAAUGCUUUGGGUGCAUUGAAAACUAUGUAAACUGCAUCCUUAUUGGAUUUGCAUAAAAAAACUUCAAAUAUUGAUUAUUUUGCAUUUUUGGUGUCAUAUUUUUUCUGUCAGAUGAGCGUUGUAGGCGACGUAACCCUGGAACAUGCGUCGUAACCCUGGAAAUCAUUUCUGAUGAAUAUAAUUGAAAAGCGCCUUAACCUCGGAACGUCGUAAGCCGAACCCGUCGUAACCCGGGGACUGCCUGUAUUCAUAUUUACUUGAGAAUACAUUUUUAUCUUCUACAGAACAUGGAGUAAUUGAAGAAAAAGUGAGCAAAUAAAAUUUAGCUGACUUUUAUGUCAUACGAGAUAAUAAAAUUGAGCUAUU